CUCUAUAUUCGCACUCCCAUGGCUCCAGACUCCGUCUCUGAUCUUCUCUGCGAAAUUCUCUUCUUUUCUUCUUUCUUCUUUUGUUUUGUGGCCACCGAACUUCUCUGCAUCGAGUAUCCAUUUUUCGCUGCUCUGUUUUUCCAACACGAAGAAGAUGAUCAUCAUCAGCAUGCCCCACUCAUUGUUUCUGAAUAUCCUCAACGCUCCAGGUUGCCCAAGUUCAUCAAUCCCUCCUUCAUCAUUUCUCUACUCACAAACAAUUCCUCUUCCCUCCUUUUACCACCACCACCACGACCACCACCACCACCACCAUCAUCUUCUUCUUCUUCUUCUGCUUCUUCUCCUUGGCCUAACCCAGAAACUAAGCAUGCGAAGUCUGCAAUUAAAAUUGAGGAACCUUUGGAAGUCAUCUGUGAAAUCUGUGCAGAAACUAAAAGACCUAAUCAGAUGAUCAAGAACCAGACAUGCCGCCAUUCUUAUUGCUCUGAUUGUAUGACAAAACAUGUGGCCACGAAAGUCCAAGACACCAUAACAGCAGUUCCAUGUCCUGGGCUGGGUUGUAAGAGUGUUUAUGAGCUUGAAGCUUGUCGGCCUUGGAUUCCCAAGGACUUACUAGAAAGAUGGGAUAAGGCUCUGUGUGAGGCUCUUUUUCUGCAAGUGCCUAAAUUUUAUUGCCCCUUUAAGGAUUGUUCAGCCAUGAUGCUGGUUGAGAAUGAGAUGGAUCAAACAGCUGCAAGGGAAACAGAGUGCCCUAUUUGCCAUAGAUUGUUCUGUCCAAGGUGUAAUGUCCCAUGGCAUCAUGGAGUUGACUGUGAGGAAUACCAGGGACUGAAUGAGAAUGAGAGACAGAGGGAAGAUCUGCUUGUGAGACAGCUUGUUAAAGAUAAGAAAUGGGGAAGGUGUCCCAAGUGUAAGUUCUAUGUGGAGAAGACUCAGGGAUGCUUGCACAUCACUUGCAGGUGCAAAUAUGAGUUUUGUUACAAGUGUGGAAAAGAAUGGAAUUCUUCUCAUGGAGGCUGCCAAAGAUAUUAGAUUAUUUAAUGCUAAGGUUUGAUGAAGAGCAUAUCAUUUUCACCUGUCACUUGUCAUUUUCUUUGACAUGUUUCUUUGAAUUACAAGAAAAAAAAUGAAGACAAGACACUGAUGUGUCUGGUUUGAGUUUGAUAUUUGGAAGAAAAUUCUACUGCAUUGCCUUUUAAAAUAUAUUUGUUUAUCAUAUUAUUCACUUAUGGAGGAUCGUUUCUCUCUUA